AAGAAACUCAAUUAAAAACACAGUGUAAUAAGAAUGGAAUGAAACUAAGUGACAUCCUUAUAAAUAUCCAGGAUGAAAUCGACAUUUUAUGUAGGACUGAAACUUCUCCUCAGCUGGCUGAACAAGAAAUUGGAGACAUUGGGACCAAAUCUAAUGAUAUUCUUGUUGAAUGGGACAGAGAUGAUGACACUGGGAAUGAAUGUGAAUAUAUUCUUGAUAUAGUGAAUGUGAAAGAUAACAUUGUUAAAGAUAUUCUCAUUAAAUGGGAGAGAGAUGAUGACAUAGUGUAUGAACCUAAAGAAAAUCUUGGUGAACUGAAUACACAUGAUAACAUUGUUAACAGAUCUAAAGACAUUCUUGUUGAAGUGGAUACACAUGAAAACAUUGUUAAAAGAUCUAAAGAUAUUCUUGUCAAAGAGGAUAAAGAUGACAAGUUAGUUAUUGAACCUAGAGAUUUUCUUGUUGAAGAGAUAGAUGACUAUUCAAAUACAGAGAGUGAUUAUGACAUAGACGAAGAUGAAGAAAACCGUAAAAAUCUCCUUGAAGUUAGAAGAAGUUCCUCACAUGAUUUUACGGUAACGAAAGUCACUGACUCAGAACAGAGGAACAAUGCUCGGUCAGCCAGCAGGCUGCCCUCCUUUGACACGAUCGAUGAGCAGACGGAGUUUCUACAGGCCAACGGCAAGCCGAUCACGCCGACCGACACCCUCACCAACAACAGCAUCACAGCUCUCCUGUCAAACAAGUGGCGGGAUUUAUCAAAAAAAAUAAGAGAUUAUGGAGAAAAGACAAGAUUCCGGAAGAGAAUCGUGUCAAAGUGGGAGAGUCUGAAUUAUGACACCAUAGAGAAUGAGUUACAUUGGAGAGAAAAGGAGAAGCCAAAUACAAAGCUGGAUAGGGUGCAUAAGCACCUCUAUACUGGAUAUCACCAUGAUACAAAUCACAAGGCCAGUGUUUCCAGCAUGUGCUCAGAUUUUCAGUCCCGGAGGCAGUUGACGUUACAAUUUGUCCACCGAUGGCUCAUAGUUUUCUUCAUCGGGCUUCUGACUGCAGUUUUGGCUGCAGCCGUACACAUCCUUGUAGAAAAAAUCUCCCAUGCAAAAUUCACCCUUAUACAGUCAUUCCUGGAACGGUGUUCUAAAGAGAGUUGCCUGUAUCAGCCGUUUUUUAUAUGGAUCGGAAUCAACUUGUCAGUCACAUGUCUUGGGUCUGCACUUGUUGUCUAUUUACAGCCGAAGGCAGCAGGAAGUGGCAUUCCGCUGAUCAAGUCAUACCUGAACGGGGUAAAGAUUCCCGGCCUCCUCACGCUAGAAUGCUUUGUGGCAAAGGUGGCGGGGGUUGUUAUGUCCAUCCUAGGAGGACUAGCGUGUGGCAAGGAAGGACCAAUGGCCCAUGGAGGGAGCAUUAUAGCUGCGGGACUAGGUCGUGGGCGGGUUAGACUCCCGUGUAAAAACAAACGCGUCUCUUUGUAUGAGGGAUUCCGAGAUGACCGUGAGAUCAGAGACUUUGUUUCCGCUGGAGCUGCCUCAGGUGUGUCAGCGGCGUUCGGCGCCCCAGUUGGUGGUACCCUGUUUUCCGUGGAGGAGGCAGCUAGCUUCUGGAGCCAGUCUCUCACUUGGAGAGUGUUUUUCUCUGCGAUGAUAUCGUGUUUCUUCACAAACCUCUUGCUCAGUGUAUUCCAUGGGACCCCAAACCAGCUGUCUGCCCCGGGUCUCGUCCGAUUCAAUGUCUUCCCAAACCUAUCCUUUGACUUGAUCGAGAUUCCAGUCUUUCUUAUAAUGGCAGUAGUAGGGGGUCUUAUUGGUGCUGCGUUUGUUGUGCUCAAUUAUAAACUUACAGUCUUUAGAAACAGGUACAUAAAGCUGCGUUGGUUGAAAGUGAUCGAGGCAGGUGCAGUGGCUGUUGUGACUGGGGCAGCCUCAUUUGUGCUGAUCGUCAGCCUUUCACAAUGCACUGACAAGGAACCAUAUGACGAUCAUGCUAUAGUUGCCCAAAUGGGGUGUCCCGAGGGCCAGCACCAUUCCAUGUCAACCAUCUUCCUCGCCACCCCUGAGGGCUGCCUUAAGGCCCUCCUACAUGACCCUUAUGGGUCAUUUGGACCAAUCACCUUGUCUGUAUUUGUGGUUGUGUUUUUCUUCCUCGCCGUUUGGACGUACGGUCUUAACGUCUCCAGUGGCGUGUUUAUCCCAUGUCUAGUUAUCGGAGCCGCGUGGGGUCGAUUGUUUGGAAUUGCAGUCGUUAAUCUCUUUCCUGGAGAUCAGGAACACUUUCAAAAGGAAGUGGGCAAGUAUGCACUGAUAGGCGCAGCCUCACAGCUUGGGGGUGUGUUGCGGACGACAAUCAGCCUCACUGUGAUGAUUGUGGAAUGUACAGGGGAGAUAACUUUUGGGCUCCCGAUUAUGAUCGUGCUUAUGAUUUCAAAGUGGGUCGGUGAUUUUAUAUCUACGGGUUUGUAUGACAUGAACAUCGAAGUGUUGGGUCUUCCCUUGCUGCCCUGGGACCCUCCUGCUCUCUGUGAUAACAUCAAAGCCAGUGAUAUAAUGAAUUCCCCUGCGUGUUGUUUGAACAAGAUAGAGAGGGUGGGGCGUGUUGUGGACCUUCUGAGGAAUGAAACAUUCUGUGGCUUUCCAGUCGUCAAUGCCAAAGGCCUGGAGUACAGUAAGCCUUCCAAAAUCAGAGGGCUCAUUCUUAGAUCUCAACUUCUUGUUUUAUUAAAACACAAGAUAUUCAGCCCAGACAGCCUUAUGCAGCCAGACUCUGUGCGCUUAAAAGACUUCCGAAAGUACUACCUACAGUAUCUACGCAUUCAGGAUAUAGCAAUAUCGGACGAGGAGAGGGACUACAUGAUGGACCUGCGGCCGUACAUUACACCAAACCCAUACACCAUCGAACCUUCAUUUUCCUUCGCUCGUCUGUUCAAGUUAUUCCGAGGUCUUGGUUUACGUCACCUUGUUGUCGUAAACGACUGUAACGAGCCAAUCGGCAUGAUAACAAGAAAGGACUUGGCAAAGUUUCGAGUGGAAUCAAAGCGUGGACUUGUUAAGGUUGAACAGCUCAACAUCGAAGACAAGUGAAUCAAAAACAUAAUCACAGACUAAAUAUGAUGCCUGCGGCUGUUUUCAUUUUGCAACUGUGUCACAAUGUGAAAUAUUAACUUCAAAAGAAAUAUUUUGAUUUUCUUUACCAAUUAUAAAAUUAUUUGCAUGCUCUAACAUUUAGAACAUGUUGUUCCUAUGAUGUAAAUUUAUCUAUUUAUAGUUUUCUUUCAAUUCAACCUAUAAAAAUAAUCAUGUUUUCCACUAAGUUGAAAUUUUUCAAAAGUUGUUUUCUUGAGAACGACCAAUGAAUGGUUGUAGGGACUUAAUACAGUGACUAAUUAGACAAAUUUAUAACAGGUAACAAAAUGGACAAGCAUAAUGGAUCAUCAAAUCAUCGAAGUGGAAAUGAUCAAAGUUGAAUUUCAACACUAUAUACUGGUGUAAAGAUAAUUUUAACAUUUUUUAAAAGCUUCUAUAUCUCGUAAACUUCAAUAAACUUCAAUAAUAGCCAUAUGUAGUAAAUGACAGCAGAAUAUUUAAAUGGCUAAUUUUAUUUUUUGUACGUUCUUUUAUACCAAAUUUGAUAUAAUUAUGAUGUUAUGACUCAAAAAAUGGUAUUACACGCAUGUAAUGUUUGGUUGUUAAGUAUGAAAAUAAUGUUAGGUUAAAAUCGAUAAUGGAUUAUCGUUAUCGAUAAACACUGAUGUAAGGCACCCAUUGACGAUUAUUCGAUCAUAUUCAAUCAUCGUGCCAGCACUGACGCAGUGUUUGCCUAUUGUGCUCAACUUCCUUCAGGAGUGUCAAUGAAAGUGUUCUUAUUUUACCAUGUUCGGGCUGGUAUUCAUAAAACAUCUCGAGGAAUCCAACCCACAGUUGAGCUAGCUCUCUGAUACCUUCAUUAACCUUAUGUUAAUUUUAAAUGCCUCAUGACCUCAUGUAAUUUUGGUAUCAUUUUAAAAGUUUAUGCUUGCUGGUUUAAUACUAAUAUGUUAAGUAAAUGACCAAAAGUACAUUAUUCAAAAAGUUAUUGUACUUUGCAUAUAUGCUCUUUAUUUACAAAGAAAUUACCUACAUAGGUAUGUUGCAAUCUUUGAAGGCUGGUAAAAAAACGUUCAUUAUUUUGUUUUUAUAGAUUUCUGAAAGACAUCAUUUUGGUAGACUUUAUUUAAAAUACACAUUUAAAUAUGAAAAAUGCCAAUUUUUAGAAAUUUAGCAUUAAAAGAUUAAAAACAACAACACGGAGUUAGGAAAUGACUUAAGAUGUUGUAUAAAUACUGGCUGUUUUUUUGUUGAGUGAAUUCCAAACUUGACUUUCCAGUCAUAGGAAUGGUUUGUGUUAUUGAAGUGACUGGUUUGUUCUUUUUGCUAUUACUUGUGAUAACUUUCAUCAUACGGUAUGUGUAAAUAUAUUUUGUUUAAAUUGAAAAGUUUAUCCUAUCACAUUUUUUUGUUACCUUAUCCUAUUUUGCCACUAUAUGUGAUGCCACGAGCAUACAAGUGUUUAUUUUCAAAUCCCUUGACUUCGACUCCCAUAUUUUAUACUCAUGGGUUAUGAGCCAAAAUCAGAGAGUGAAGUACCUAGUUUUGUGUACUAAUUACUUAAAACAUCUGUGAUCUGUAAAACUAAGGUUGGAAUUUUAAUGCCACUAAUUUUUAUGAAUAAUUUCUUUUCAAUAGGUUUAUGUUAUUUUAUUUCGGCGAAAUAUAGAUGUUCUUGCUAUUUCAUGUCUCUUUGAGAGAAUGUAUGAUCCAUGUUUAAGUGAAUAAAUAUGAAGUGAAUAUAUAUAUAUCUAUUGAAGAUAAAAUGUUAUUUGUUUUAUCAUUCCAUUUUGUUGAACUAUGACUUAUGUCUUUUUACGUUUUGUUGUUUUUGUGUUUUAUGUCAUAUUGAUUUCAAACUUGAUCUUUAAUUAAAAGAGCAAGGAAACUUAAUGCGUAUGACACUUAACAUAUUUUCUAGAAUGUUUUGAUCUUAAAUGGUCAGAUACUUUGGUUAACUGUAUCUGUGUUUCUUUCAAAGGCUGUUUUAACUGUAUACACAUCAUUGGCAACCAUGGUACCUUUUCCGAAACAGUCCCUGAUAUACGGUGGUACAAAUUGAUUGACAAAAUCUCGUUUUAAUGAAUAUGCAUGAGGCAGGGGAAACAAUUGUUACAAUGAAAUACUCUGCAAUAACCCUUCACUGUAAGUUGUCUCCGUGGGCGAGUGGACUACGCUGCUUGUUUAAAAUUUGUAAAGUUCUGGCAGGUCGUGUUCAACUCCAGCUAUCGCCUUAAUAUUUGUUAAGAAUCUGUACAUAUCUCUGCAUUUGUAGAACAAAUGAACCUUCCUCAUUAAAUAUUCAUGAUUACGAGAUUUUCAUAGCCAAAAUCACCCAUGGUACACAACAAAGCAUAGUGCAGUAUUGUAUCAGGGAUAUCCAACGAUGCCCUUUACAGUGUACAUGUGUCAGCCUCUUACUCAAAGGUUCAAUGGUUUGAUCCCCAACAUCAACAAAAUUAGUUUCUAAACAAAAGACUGAUUCAGGCAUUAAAUUUUGUGAGGAAGUGCUAAUACGAGUUUCAAGAAAGUUUCUGUAAAGACUUUCUCCACUUUUGUUGAACAUUUAUGCUAAUUUGAAAGAAAUAAAAAUCAUAUGAUACCUUCGAUGACAUUUUAACCAAAUAUGCUUAAAAUUAAAAUGGAAAUUCAAUGCUCUUAAUGUCUGUUCAACUUUCCGUUCUUUUUAAUAUUCAACAAUGUUAAAUGUGUGUAGAUAUAAUACAAUAUAUUGGAUUGGCAGUUUGUUUUCUUACCAGUCGAAGUUUGUGCCAAUUUAUCUGUGCCAAAAUAACUGAAAUCCCUUUUUUCAGCCUAUUUUGAACAUGAAGUGUUGCUUUUGAUUUGUUGAUUUUCAGUUUGCUCUUUUUAUUUGUAUUCUGUAUAUUCCAGAUUUGUAUGACUUCAGGUAACUAAUCAAAUUAUUCAGUAUUGUCCGUUUUUGAAUACACUGUACAGUUCAUGUAAAUGUGUCUUCAGAGUUUUUUCAAUUCGAAAAUGUUUUGAGAGAGACCUGUGGAUAAAAGUAAAAAAAACAUGUAUUUUAAAAAAAUGCUGGGUUUGAUAAUUAAUUUGUAGGAAUAAGUCAUAAUAUUGUAUUUACAUUGGAUACAAAAAUUUCUGUUUGAGACUUAAAGUUCACCCAUUUGUUAUUGUUUUCUAAAUGUAAAUUGGAAAAUGAUCUUGGGAUUUAUUAAUUAAAAAUUGUAUAAAGCAGGCUAUGAUCCUGUAGAUCUAAGACGCUAACAACACUAUACUGACAUCUCAAAUUUGCCAUUAUCAUUUAUUUUUUAUUUGAUCUGACAUGAUUAUAGUAUUGUGAUAUUUUGAUUUUGAACGAUUCAUAUUUUUUAACAUGGUAAUUAUGGAAAAUGUGUUGUUAGCAGAAACAUUACUUUUUUAAUUUUCUCUCAAUAUUCUAUUUAUAGUAUUCAUAACUUAGGCCGUACUUAAAAUAUUCUUUGCUUCCCUUCCCAUGACCCAUGUAGAGUUAGAGUGGGUUGUCUGAGCGAUAUAUGGUUUAUGUUUUGUUUUGUUUUGUUUAUAUUGAGAAAAAAUAUAUACAGAUAUAAUGUUAAUGAUUUCAAAGAGGUUUUUUUUUUUCCAAUUUUUGUUGUACAAAAUAAAAAUUAGAUCUCACACUUAAAGCAAUACAAUUACUGUAUUUGGGUCGGGUUAAUAUUUUUUUUUUGCUAUAGAUCAUGUUGGUUAUGCUAGGGGAAACAUUUAAUAUUCUAAGUUAGGCAUUUUGUCAUAGAUGACUUUCAUAAAGUCUAGCAUGAGGACUGUUUGUGUUGUACAGAGUCCAUCCUUAAAUAAUAAUUGUUUUGCAGUGGCCUGACCAACUGGCCAUUCAUUUAUUUAUUUUUGUUAUAAUUUUUGUAUACGUUUUUAUAUAUUCAAGGGACAUUCAUGACAAAGCAAAUAUACAUGCAAUCAAUACUUUAACAACCAUUUUUGUAUCCAAUACCUCCCAACUUCAUGUUAUUGUUAUUAUAAUUUUGACAGUGUUCUUGUAUUGAUCUGAAAUAAUUUCCUGAAAACUUGGUUUGUUAUUAAGGUAUCUUGUGUACAAACAAGAUGAUUGUUUUAUUUAGCCAUAAUGUGAAAUGUUAAUGCCUUGUGACCCCAUUUAUUUAGUAUCAUUUGAAAUUUAUUUCCUACCAACUUCUAAUAAUGUAAAAUAUAUGAUGAAACAGACUUAAUAGAACAAAGUUAUUGCAGUUCAUGUUUUUGGUUCUUUAUUCUAACUGUAAUUAAAGCUGCCCUCUCACAGAUUUAUAGUUUUGACAACUCUUAUAUUUAAAGUCUUGGAAUGAGCCAAUUUGUGUGUAAAUAUCAUAACAACCAGUAAUAUAAAAAAUUAAAACUGCUGACAAAAGAUAAGAUCACAGAUUUUCAUUUUAAAUCAAUGUUUUAAUUUAAUGUUUUAUGGCUAAGUGUUACUAAUGCUCUAAGAAAAAAUGCAUAAAACAUCAAUUUUUGAACAUAAAUAUGAAAAACUGCGAUCUGAUUUGAAGUAAGCAGUCUUAUGUCACUGGUUUCCAUCCAUUUUUGCAAAAUUUUAUCAUUCUAAGUCAAAAAAUAAAAAAAAGUUGUCAAAAUGUUCAAUCGGUGAGAGUGCAGUUUUAAAUGAAAUCACUUAUUUUGCAAUAUAACUCUUUGAAAUGACACUAAAAUGUUAUGGGGUUCUCAGGGACUGUUUUCAUAAAACUUCUUAAGUAAUUUCCUAACUUAAUUCACUUUCCUAGUUUUAGUAUCUCUUAUAUCAUAUCAAAUAAAACAACUUUCCAAAAUACACUAUUUUGAUUGACCUUAUUGGAAAAAAACCUACUUUAAUGUUAAAAACACUUCUACAUUACUUUUAAAUUGACUGAAAAAUUUACAUAAUCGACUUAAGUUAGGAAGUGACUUAACAUGUUUUAUGAAUACAGCCCCUGGCAUCUAAAAUUCACAAGAUUAUUCAUAGGAUACCAGGAUUUUUCUUGUUUGUUCAGUAUCUAUGCAGGAUGAGCAUUUUCAAACAAAUAUUCGUUGUACAUAUUUAAUAUAUGAAAUGUGUUUUGUUUCUUCAAGUUUGUGUUUAAUAUCAGAUUAAUGUUCUUUUAUGUCUACAAAAUGUUAGCAUUUGUACAAAAUUGGGGCAUAUUUUUAUAUUUAUUUGAAAUUAAAAAAUGUUCAUCAUGUUUUUUUGUUGACAAGAGAAACCAUGUAUUUUUGCACUUUGUUAAGUUUUUCCCCCGACCAGAAAAAUAAAUGUUGACUGAUAA